AUGAGAAGACUUGCACAUUGUCUUUUAGUGUCUCUUCGGCUGAAGUUGGAACAGCUGAUUAAUCGGCUGAAGUUGGAACAGCUGAUUAAUCGGCUGAAGUUGGAACAGCUGAUUAAUCGGCUGAAGUUGGAACAGCUGAUUAAUCGGCUGAAGUUGGAACAGCUGAUUAAUCGGCUGAAGUUGGAACAGCUGAUUAAUCGGCUGAAGUUGGAACAGCUGAUUAAUCGGCUGAAGUUGGAACAGCUGAUUAAUCGGCUGAAGUUGGAACAGCUGAUUAAUCGGCUGAAGUUGGAACAGCUGAUUAAUCGGCUGAAGUUGGAACAGCUGAUUAAUCGGCUGAAGUUGGAACAGCUGAUUAAUCGGCUGAAGUUGGAACAGCUGAUUAAUCGGCUGAAGUUGGAACAGCUGAUUAAUCGGCUGAAGUUGGAACAGCUGAUUAAUCGGCUGAAGUUGGAACAGCUGAUUAAUCGGCUGAAGUUGGAACAGCUGAUUAAUCGGCUGAAGUUGGAACAGCUGAUUAAUCGGCUGAAGUUGGAACAGCUGAUUAAUCGGCUGAAGUUGGAACAGCUGAUUAAUCGGCUGAAGUUGGAACAGCUGAUUAAUCGGCUGAAGUUGGAACAGCUGAUUAAUCGGCUGAAGUUGGAACAGCUGAUUAAUCGGCUGAAGUUGGAACAGCUGAUUAAUCGGCUGAAGUUGGAACAGCUGAUUAAUCGGCUGAAGUUGGAACAGCUGAUUAAUCGUUCAUUCUGUGUUAGUAGAUUUGAUUAG